AUGACUAGGGAUACUAUUCUCUGCGGUGAUUUCAAUGCUCGGUUGGGUCCUCUCACUGGUGAUGCUAUCUCUAAUGCUCGUGGUAAUGCUCUCAAACCUUGGUUUGACGAACAUUGCUUAUCUGUGCUUAAUGCGUCUUUGGCUUUUGGUGUUAAGACUUACUCUUCUUUUCGGCAGCAGCAAGAAUUGAGUAGUAUUAUCGAUCUGUUUCUGACAAAUAUUGGUGAUGUUGCUUUGGUGAACCCUCAACUGGUGGUUGAGUCUGAUCUGUCUCUUGGUUCUGACCAUCGAUUGAUGUCACUUACUUUCGAGUAUGUGCCACCUCUUGAUGACACUGUGGCUCCUGGUGAUUCUGUUCUGGCUCCUAGGCGGCAAUGGAAGCUCUCGAAAUUGACGAAAGAGAGGCCUUUGGGCCUACUCCGUGAAUCCUUUCGAUCUUCUGUUGCUCCUCUGGUUGUUACUCUCUCUGGUUUGGUGUCUGCUCCUCCUGGUACUCGUCCCGACAUUGAUGCACUCAACGGUUCUUUGAACCAAUACGCGGCUACUGAACGGGAUCGUCUCUACAGUCGAUGGCGGUAUGCCCUUGGGUAUACUAAGAUUGAUUGUUGGGUCUUAUACAAGCAAGCUCAUCGCCGUUUUCGCUCUCUGGUACAGUCUGCUAAGCGCAAGUCCUGGCAUAAGUUCUGUGGUGCUCUGGAAAGAGACUUCUCAAAAGCUACUGCUGCUAUAAAACGCAUCAAGCGCAAUAAAGAGUCUUCACCUACGUACAGUCACCCAGAUGGUCCUGCUGCUUCUGUUGCUACUAUGGGCUCUCAUUUGGCUACGGUCUACGAAGGUGCUCUGUUAAAUACUGCUUCUCGUCCUGCUCCUGUCACUCCUAUGGUCUCUGACUUGCCUUUCUGUCUCCCUGCGGACAUGUCUUUGUUUGAUACUGAUACCUUGGUACUGUGUAUUAAACGUCUGCCGACUCACAAAGCUCCUGGUCCUGACCAUAUCAAGGCUGAGAUGUUAAAAGCUCUGACCUCAGAAAUUGCCCCAGUGCUCUCUCUGCUGUUUCACCUCUGCUAUCAAUGGUCUUAUACUCCUGCUCUCUGGCGCCAAGCCCAAGUCUUUCCCAUUUUCAAGAAAGGUGAUGCUUCUGAUCCCGCCAACUAUAGGCCUAUUUCUCUGACUUCUGUUGUGCGCAAACUGUUUGAGUUCUCUCUCAUGCCUGAGCUGGAUGCCCAUUCUCCUGCCCUUGACAUUGCCCAAGGUGGUUUCCGCCCUCAACGUAGUCCUCUGGAUCAAGCCCUCUGCUUGCAUGACUUGAUGCAUGAUUACUUUCUGACUCACCGUCGCUAUCCUGUGGUGGCUUUCUUGGAUAUCAAGUCAGCUUAUGAUACUGUCGAUCGUAGGGUUAUAUGGCAAGCCCUGUCUGGUUCUACACUUCCUCGUCCUGUUCUGGGUCUUUUGAUGAACAUGUUUGACGAUGUCUCAGUCUCAGUCUUGAUUGCUAAUCAUACCUCUGCUGCUUUCUCUCCUGUUACUGGUGUACUCAGUCCUCAUUUGUAUUCGUUGUAUAUCAACUCCUUACCGAAUCUUUUGCGUUCUGUUGAUACUGGUGCUACGAUGGUCAGUCCUCCUGGUGCUAGUCGUCCUAUUGCCAUCAAUAGCUUGCUCUUUGCCGAUGAUGUUGCUAUCUUUGGGUCUUUGUCUGGUGUCCAGUCUAUGUUGGAUCUUGCUGCUGAACACUCUGUCUGUCUUGGUUAUAGGUGGAAGCCAUCUAAAUGUGCUGUGCUCGGUUCUCCUGCUGACCUCUCUGAUGCUCGUCUUACUCUCUACAAUGAGCCGCUGCCGGUGGUAGAUGAGUUUGUGUAUCUUGGUAUGCCAUUUCGAUAUAAAGGGCUACAUGCUCCUAGUAUCUUGUCUCUGCGGUCCGCUGGUGCUGUCAAGGUUAUGGCUUUGCUGAACUCUGUUGGUGUCAACCGUAAUGGUUUCUCUCUGCUGCUCUGUUCUCGUCUGUACAAGGCUUUCGUUAGACCCAAGAUUGAGUAUGGCCUCGCUAUAUCUCAUCUUGACUAUCGUACCUUUGAGGCCCUUGACAAGCUCCAAAACCGGCUGGUUGGUAUGUUCGUGGGUGGUUCCUGGUUCAACGUUGCUAAGCACAUUACCUGUCUCCCUUCAAUGAAACAUCGGUAUAAUGUCUUGGCAACUAGGUAUGCUCUUCGUUCUGCUACUCUACCUGAGGAUAGUCUUGUGGUGGUUCUGCGUGGUGCUCUGUCGUACACUCGACUGGAUCGGUACGUCUGUGAAAACAGUUUGUAUAGAUCUCUGCCUAACCCUGUCCCUUCAUUUGCUGGUCUCAAGGCUCACUUCUCUGACUUCUGGCAAGAUCAGGUGGACCAACAACUGGCUGCUGCUACUACUACUGGUAAACAUGUUCUGCUUCGUGCGUGCCGUCCUUCUGUCUCUCGCCCUGAUCCCAUACUGUACUUACCUAUUGGUCGAUCUGCUCGUAGUCGUUUGGUUCGUUGGCGUCUUGGUCGUUUUGCAAACAUGCGUGAGGAAUGUCCCUGCAUGGAUGGAUCUUUCAUCUCUCGAAAUCACUUCCCUCAAUGUCGUGCUUUGGAUCGUGAUCUGUGGGAUGCUCUGCCUGCUGCUCCUCCUGGUGUACAUGUCAUUGACAAUGCCCUGAACAUGCUGCCUAUAAGUGGUUCUGCUGGUCCUCCAGUAUACUGGUCUGCGUUACUAUCCUUGCUUCAUGCAAUCGACUGUCUGGUCCCCCCUUUGGCUACUAUCGCCCCUGAUCCUGAUCCCGGAUCAUUGUGGUUCUAUCCUCCCUCUCAUGGCUAA